GUGGUAGUGGCGUGACCGCGCUCGUCACGCGGCAACACGGGCCGGUUCUAAGAAAGGUCAAGAUUUUCACACCUUAUUGUUGUUGAGUUUUCCAUCUCCCCGCGUCCUUCUAAGCAUCUAUAUAGGCUCCCUCGUUUCCUCCUGAUUCUAACAUCACUCAUAGUCCGAAAACGUUUCGGUUUGUUUCUUCUCUGCGAACUUAGCAGCAGGAAGAUCAAAGAUGGCUUCAAAGAGUCUUCUCGCAGCACUGGCAUUGCUAUCGCUCCUACAUUUUUCCUCUGCGGUGGAGUUCACAGUCGGCGAUAGCAACGGAUGGACUUUCCAAGUUAACUACACACAAUGGGCUUCGUCGCAAACUUUUCGAGUAGGAGACAUUCUCGUGUUUCCUUACACAUCAAUCCACGACGUUCGCGAAGUGAGUCAAGCCGACUACGAUAGCUGCGAUGGAUCCAACGCCGUCACUACUUAUGCCACCGCCAGUCCCAUUCGCGUCACGCUCUCGAGGCCAGGAGCUCACUGGUUCCUGUGUGGAAUUCCCGGCCACUGCGCAGCGGGGAUGAGAGUUCCAAUCAAUGUUACUUUCACUGCUACUGCUCCAGCUCCAUCGCCAUCCGCGCGAUCUGGCGGCAGGGCUCUCUCUCCAAGGAGCUCGCUCGCGACGUCACCCUCUCCAUCGCCAACGAGCUCGCUCCCGGCUUCACCGUCACCGUCAUCUCCAUCGCCAAGCAUCUCACUCGCACCUUCACCGUCACCAUCACCACGGAGCUCGUCGGCAUCAUCGCCCUCACCGUCACCGUCAUCUCCAUCGCCAAGCAUCUCACUCGCACCUUCACCGUCACCGUCACCACGGAGCUCGUUGGCAUCAUCGCCCUCACCGUCACCGUCAGCAUCAUCGUCUCCAGCGCCAUCGACGACCGUGAUCCCAGCUCCAGAUCUUCCACCAUCGCCACCAAGCUCUGAUCUUCUUCCACCGGCGAGUAUUCCAACCAAUGCGCUUCCUCCGGCCUCUCCGCCCUCGAGCUCCGUGCAGCUGGUUUCCAUCGGCUGGGGCCUCACCAUAGCUGGAUUGCUUCUUGCUCUCUAGAAUAGAACCAUUCCGUUUCAAAUCCAAUCGCUUUCCUUUUAUUCCUUGUAUUUUUUAUAAUUUUUUUGUAGCUACUAGUGAACGCAGAGAUCUCGGACGAUCAUGUAUACAAAGAAGUUUCUUCUUUCAUGAUUCAUGGCGAGCUUCUAAGAUCAUCCAUCACUAUUGAUAAAAUAUAUUCUCAUUCUU